GCGGGGCCGUGUGCAAAGAUUCCCAGUGCCGAAUGCAGUGUGAUGAGUGAGAGGGUGCCAAUUGGUUGGAAGGAUGUAGGUAAACAAGAGCAAAUAUAUAUCCAGCAGCGUGCAGCCUGCCCGAGUUCUGAAGCCAGCUGCUGGACUUGGCUGGCAGCCUUUCACCGAACUGGCUCCGGAGCAGAGGGGACUCUGCAGGACUGAGCACAGCAGGUGGCCUGCCCCUGCUACUUAGGGGGACACUUUUAAAGCAUUUGCUCCUCCCAUGACCAGGUAGUGUGGUGAGGGUGAACUGCUUGCUCGAAUGGUGGGUAAAGGUGUGACUGUGGACACUGCGAUGGAGGAAGCUGGGGGUGAGACGCCCAGGAGCCCUGAGCCGUCCUUCCUGGCGACCCUGGGUGACCCACAGGUGACCCUGGUGUCCGUCCACAAGCGGUGGUCCUUCAGGAGGAACCCUGGGGCCAGGGGCUCCAGCAGGCCAGUGACUUCGGAGGAGGAAGGAGAGUGUUCACAGAAGGUUUUGAAUGGAACACGGGGAAUCCGUUCCAAUCAGAUCUUGUCUAAACUUUCUUUGCCCGCUCGUGCCCGGGAGCCAGCGAUGAAGCAGAGUUUUGCCUUUGACAAUGUCGGCUACGAAGGCGGCCUGGACACUGUGGACCCCCCUCAGACGGCCACCGGCACCAUCAGCAUUUCGGGCAUGACUUGCCAGUCAUGUGUAAAGUCUAUCGAGGGCAGGAUUUCCAGCCUGAAAGGCAUCGUGAGCAUUAAGGUUUCCCUGGAACAGGGCAGUGCAACGGUGAGGUAUGUGCCGUCCAUCCUGAGCCUGCCGCAGAUUUGCCAUCACAUUGAGGACAUGGGCUUUGAGGCCAGUGUUGCAGAGGGAAAGGCUGCCUCCUGGCCCUCGAGGUCCUCGCCGGGCCUCGAGGCUGUGGUCAAGCUUCGGGUGGAAGGCAUGACCUGCCAGUCCUGCGUCAGCUCCAUCGAAGGCAAGCUCGGGAAACUGCAAGGAGUAGUGAGAGUCCGAGUGUCCCUCAGCACCCAGGAGGCAGUUAUUACAUACCAGCCUUACCUGAUUCAGCCCCAGGACCUCAGGGACCAUGUCAGUGACAUGGGCUUUGAAGCUGUCAUCAAGAACAAAGUGGCGCCCGUAAGCCUGGGACCCAUCGAUAUCGGGCGCUUACAGAGCACCAAUCCAAAGACCCCUUUGGCAUCUGAUAACCAGUCUCUCAAUAACUCUGAGACCUCAGAGCACCAAGGGAGCCACACAGUCACCCUGCAACUGAGAGUAGAUGGAAUGCACUGUACGUCUUGUGUCAUGAAUAUUGAAGAAAACAUAGGCCAGCUCCCCGGGGUUCAAAGUGUUCAAGUGUCCUUGGAGAGCAGACUGGCCCAAGUACAGUAUGACCCUUCUCGUGUCACCGCCACCGCCCUGCAGAGGGCCAUCGAAGCGCUUCCACCUGGGAACUUCAAAGUCUCUCUUCCUGAUGGUAUGACAGGAAAUGGGACAGGUCGCAGGUCUUCCAACCGUGUUGUCCCUGCCCCCACGCCGAGACCCCAGGUGCAGGGGGUGUGCGAUACUGUGGUGCUCGCCAUUGCUGGCAUGACCUGUGCAUCCUGUGCCCAGUCCAUCGAAGGCCUCAUCUCCCAAAGGGAAGGGGUACAGCGGAUAUCGGUCUCUGUGGCUGACGGGACUGGCGUGGUUCUCUAUGAUCCGUCUGUUACUAACCCGGAAGAACUCCGAGCUGCUGUUGAAGAAAUGGGAUUUGAGGCUUCAGUCAUUUCUGAAAACUAUUCCACCAACCAUGUUGGAAACCACAGUGCGGGGACUUCCCCAGCGCCCCCCGAAGCUGGCGUUCCUGUGUCUGUACAGGAAGUGGCUCCCUGUGUCGGGGGGCUCCCUAAAAACCACAACUCCGGCUCCUCGUCCAAGCCCCCACAGGCCUCUACCACGGUGGCUCCCCAGAAGUGCUUUCUACAGAUUGGAGGCAUGACCUGUGCAUCCUGUGUGUCCCACAUAGAGAAGAGCCUGCAGAAGGAAGCAGGUAUUCUGUCAGUGCUGGUUGCCCUCAUGGCUGGGAAGGCAGAGGUCAAGUAUAACCCAGAAGUCAUCCAGCCCCUGGAGAUAGCUCAGCUCAUCCAGGACAUGGGCUUUGAGGCGACAGUAAUGGAAGACUACACGGGCUCCGAUGGCGACCUCGAACUCAUUAUCACGGGGAUGACAUGUGCGUCCUGUGUUCACAACAUUGAGUCCAGACUCACAAGGACAAACGGCAUCACCUACGCCUCUGUGGCCCUUGCCACCAGCAAAGCCCACGUGAAAUUUGAUCCUGAAAUUAUCGGUCCACGGGAUAUUGUCCGAAUUAUCGAGGAAAUCGGCUUUCAUGCUUCCCCGGCCCAGAGAAACUCCGGCGCCCAUCACUUGGACCACAAGGUGGAAAUAAAGCAGUGGAGGAAGUCUUUCCUGUGCAGCCUGGUGUUCGGCAUCCCCGUCAUGGGUCUCAUGAUCUACAUGCUGGUGCCCAGCCAUGAGCCCCACGAGGCCAUGGUCCUGGACCGCAACAUCAUUCCGGGACUGUCCAUCCUCAAUCUCAUCUUCUUUAUCUUGUGUACCUUUGUCCAGCUCCUCGGCGGGUGGUACUUCUACGUCCAGGCCUACAGGUCUCUGAAGCAUGGGACAGCCAACAUGGACGUGCUCAUCGUGCUGGCUACCACCAUCGCCUACACCUACUCAUUUGUCAUCCUAGUGGUGGCCGUAGCCGAGAAGGCGGAGAGGAGCCCUGUCACCUUCUUCGACACCCCCCCCAUGCUCUUUGUGUUCAUUGCCCUGGGGCGGUGGCUGGAACAUGUGGCAAAGAGCAAAACCUCAGAAGCCCUUGCCAGACUCAUGUCUCUCCAAGCCACAGAAGCCACCGUUGUCACCCUUGGUGAGGACAACUUGAUUGUCAGGGAGGAGCAGGUGCCCAUGGAGCUGGUGCAGCGGGGCGACGUCAUCAAGGUUGUCCCCGGGGGGAAGUUCCCAGUGGAUGGGAAAAUCCUGGAAGGCAACACCAUGGUGGACGAGUCCCUCAUCACAGGAGAAGCCAUGCCUGUCACGAAGAAACCCGGAAGCAUAGUGAUUGCUGGGUCUAUAAAUGCACAUGGCUCUGUACUCGUUAAUGCCACUCACGUGGGCAAUGACACCACAUUGGCUCAGAUUGUGAAAUUGGUAGAAGAGGCUCAGAUGUCAAAGGCACCCAUUCAGCAACUGGCUGACCGGUUUAGUGGGUAUUUUGUCCCAUUUAUCAUCAUCAUUUCAACGCUGACGUUGGUGGUAUGGAUUAUAAUCGGUUUUAUCGAUUUUGGUGUUGUUCAGAAAUACUUUCCUACCCACAGCAAGCACAUCUCCCAGGCAGAGGUGAUCAUCCGGUUUGCGUUCCAGACGUCCAUCACGGUGCUGUGCAUCGCUUGCCCCUGCUCCCUGGGCCUGGCCACGCCCACGGCGGUCAUGGUGGGCACCGGGGUGGCCGCCCAGAAUGGCAUCCUCAUCAAAGGAGGCAAGCCUCUGGAGAUGGCCCACAAGAUAAAGACCGUGAUGUUUGACAAAACUGGCACCAUCACCCAUGGGGUCCCCAAAGUCAUGAGGGUCCUCCUGCUCGUGGAUGUGGCCAUGAUGCCCCUCAGGAAGGUUCUUGCUGUGGUGGGGACUGCAGAGGCCAGCAGCGAGCACCCCUUGGGCGUGGCAAUCACCAAGUAUUGUAAAGAGGAAUUGGGAACCGACUCCUUGGGAUACUGCACGGACUUCCAAGCAGUGCCCGGCUGUGGAAUCGGCUGCAAAGUCAGUAGUGUGGAGGGCCUCCUGGCCCACAGCGAGAGCCAGCAGAGCAAACAGGCGGCUCCCCCAAGCAGGGCUGGCAGCGCUCCCGAGGAAAUAGACGGGACCCCCCAGACCUUCUCUGUGCUCAUCGGGAACCGCGAAUGGAUGAGGCGCAACGGCCUAACCAUUUCCAGCGACGUCAGUGACGCGAUGGCGAAUCAUGAGCUGAAAGGCCAGACGGCCGUGCUGGUGGCCAUUGACGGCGUGCUCUGUGCCAUGAUCGCCAUCGCCGACGCAGUCAAGCAGGAGGCAGCCCUGGCCGUGCACACGCUGAAGAGUAUGGGUGUGGACGUGGUUCUGAUCACAGGGGACAACCGGAAGACGGCCAGAGCCAUCGCCACCCAGGUUGGUAUCAACAAAGUCUUUGCAGAGGUGCUACCUUCUCACAAGGUGGCCAAGGUCCAGGAGCUCCAGAAUGAAGGGAAGAAAGUUGCCAUGGUAGGAGACGGGGUUAAUGACUCACCGGCCUUGGCCCAAGCUGAUGUGGGCAUUGCCAUCGGGACAGGCACGGAUGUCGCCAUCGAGGCUGCUGACGUUGUCCUCAUUAGAAACGAUUUGCUCGAUGUGGUGGCUAGCAUUCACCUCUCCAAGAGGACCGUCUGGAGAAUACACCUCAACCUGGUGCUGGCGUUGAUUUAUAACCUGAUCGGAAUACCCAUCGCGGCAGGGGUCUUCAUGCCCAUCGGCAUCGUGCUGCAGCCGUGGAUGGGCUCGGCGGCCAUGGCGGCCUCCUCUGUGUCUGUGGUUCUCUCAUCGCUGCAGCUCAAGUGCUAUAAGAAGCCUGACCUGGAGCGGUAUGAGGCCCAGGCCCAGGGCCGCAUGAAGCCCCUGACGGCGUCGCAGGUGAGCGUGUACAUCGGCAUGGAUGACCGGCGGCGGGACUCCCCGAGGGCCACACCCUGGGACCAGGUCAGCUUCAUCAGCCAGGUGUCUCUGUCCUCCCUGAAGUCCGACAAGCUGUCUCGACACAGUGCUGCGGCUGAUGAUGGUGGGGACAAAUGGUCUCUGCUCCUGAACGACAGAGAUGAGGAGCAGUGCAUCUGAAAGCUGCAGGCGGGUGGAGACCCAGGGGUCCAUCUCCUCACUGAGUAGCUGGUCUGGCUUCCCCGGGGACCGAGGCUCGGGCCGAACAGGCACAGCUCCAGCAGCAAGAUGGGCGAAGCUCCCCUCCAGCCCUGGGGACUUCCACUCCCUCCUGGAGAUGGCUGGUCAUCCCUCCUAGCAUGGGUGGUGCCCCUAUGUGGCUCCUGGGUCACCCACCUCCCCGUCCCCACUGGGAUCCCAGUGGCACAGGGGCCAGGCUUCCCGGCCUGACCAUGCUGUGGGCCUGGGCUUGUCGGGAACCUUGCUGGACUCUAGCAGAGCAGAGGACGGCCAGCCUUCCUCACAGGCCUCUGCUUUAGUGUUUGGAACGACUACUUGUAAAACGAGGAAAAUCUCAUCGGGACCAAAAACUUAGCUGGGCCUUUCCUCACGAGAAGCCUCGUGUUGGGUUCUUUUUGACAACACCCACAUGAUUGCGUAUCUGAGACCACAGUUUACCUCAAAUACACCCCACUGAUGUCUGCCGGCA